UCAUAUUUCCUCGCAUAACAACACAAAAUUAUUUGAUUUUAGGGCUUCCAUCUUUUUUGUAACAGUCGUAUAUCUGGUGGUGUCAUAACCAUUUCUUUUUCUAUUGCUCACACUAUACCUAUAUUCAUCACCUAGUUUCGGUUGUUACAAAAGAUAAUAAAAAUAUUUCAAAAACAAUUUUUUUUUAAUAAAAAAAUUAUAUAUACAUAUAAUUUUUUUUGGUUUUCAUAUUAAUUAAUUUAAUAAUAAUGGGAUUUCUCCACAAGCUUUGGGAUGAAACGCUGGCGGGGCCGACACCGGAAACCGGCCUUGGAAAACUACGCAAACAUAACUCUUUCUCCUCCGCCAGGUCCAGCACCGCUGCAUCGCCACUGGCCGUGGUGGUGCCGCCCCAUGAUGACAACCUCAUCCCUAUUUCUCGGAGCAUCACAGUCAUACAAAGCGAUGCUCAUCGUAACCUUAGUGUUUCUGUUGACUCGCCAUCGCUGCCGUCGUCUCCGGCUGGCUCCACAACUCCAAACUCGCCAUUUUCACCAAGUUCUCCUGGUGGGAACUUUAAGAAAUUGACGAGGAGGAAACUGGCAACUGGAGCAUUGCACACCUCGGAGUCAGAGAGUAAGACUGGUUAUGAUUGGAUUGUAAUGCAGAGUGCCUUGGAUCAUUGAAGAGGAAGUGACAAUUUUGAUUUAAAAAAAUUGUUAUCUUUGUAAAAAUAUAUAAUACCCUCUAUCGGGUUCGUUUUUCAUGUACAUACUAACGCAACGUAGUUUUGCUAGAUGAAUGAAAUGGUCCAGAUGACAUUACAACUGUAGAUAUGUUUAUGCCAUGAGGACCUUUCUUAUUUCCUUGUUUUAGUUUUCUUACCCGAGACAAACAAGGUGUAAAUAGUAAAUACGCUGUUUUGUACACUCAAUCCUUUGUGAUGAAGCAGUAUGCAAAAAGCUUUCAGUUUGGUUUCUUUAA